AUAGACAUGAUUUCAGUGCGAUACCUUUGGUAGAUUCUGUGGAAUUAUUGAACAAGUUUUUUACGUGUUUCUGCGGCAGCAAUUUAUUGAUAACCCUGACUCAUUACUUGCUCGUUUCUGAAACCAAGGGGCUUAGUGAUUUAUUGAGCCAUCAUCACACAUUCGUAUAUUCCCUAGUGCUUUGGGAGUCGUCAAAUAUAAGUAUUAGAGCAGCAUUAUCAUUGCUGCAGUUAAAAUUAUUCAAGAUUAUUCACAAUGGCCGACGUAACUGACGCCACUGAUGUUUUCGACUUGGAACUACAUGAGGAGGAAAACCCACGCGAUUCAGAUGAUGACAGGAUCGAGUUGGACGAUGUCGAUUUGGAACCGGAAUUAAGCAUAAAUAAUAUUCAAGAAGAAGUUGAAGGACAGGAGACAAUACAGUUAUCGGAGGAAACUGUGAAUCCUGGUAAAAUAAAAUUGGGACCCAAAGACUUCGAGUUAAAGAAGGUACUUGGAAAGGGCGGUUAUGGCAAAGUAUUUCAGGUACGAAAAACUGCUGGGCGCGAUGCAAAUAAAUAUUUUGCCAUGAAAGUCCUCAAGAAAGCCUCUAUAGUCACAAACCAAAAAGAUACAGCGCAUACAAGAGCCGAACGCAAUAUAUUGGAGGCAGUAAAGCAUCCAUUUAUUGUAGAACUUGUAUAUGCUUUUCAAACGGAUGGAAAAUUAUAUUUAAUAUUGGAAUAUUUAAGUGGCGGUGAAUUAUUUAUGCAUUUAGAACGUGAGGGCAUAUUUUUGGAGGAUACAACAUGUUUUUAUUUGAGCGAAAUCAUAUUGGCCUUGGGUCAUUUACACAAAUUGGGCAUAAUAUAUCGUGAUUUAAAGCCAGAAAAUAUUCUAUUAGACGCACAAGGGCAUGUUAAACUAACUGAUUUCGGUCUGUGCAAAGAGCACAUUCAAGAGGGCAUUGUCACACACACAUUUUGCGGUACAAUUGAGUACAUGGCACCUGAAAUUUUAACUCGCAAUGGACAUGGUAAAGCCGUUGAUUGGUGGUCAUUGGGCGCUCUUAUGUUUGACAUGUUAACGGGCAUGCCACCGUUUACCGCCGAGAAUCGUAAGAAAACAAUUGAGACGAUCUUGAAAGCUAAACUAGUACUACCUGCCUACCUCACACCCGAAGCUAGAGAUUUAGUACGUCGUCUGAUGAAACGUCAAGUGCCACAAAGACUGGGAAGCGGCCAAGAAGAUGCAGCUGCUGUACAGUCACACCCAUUCUUUAAACAUGUUAAUUGGGAUGAUGUAUUGGCGCGAAGACUGGAGCCACCAAUCAAACCCAUAUUGCGAAGUGAAGAUGAUGUUUCACAAUUCGACACAAGGUUUACAAGACAAAUACCAGUUGAUUCCCCAGAUGAAACAACGCUCAGUGAGAGUGCCAAUUUAAUAUUUCAAGUAAGUGUAAUACGAACACUGCAAACAACUUAUUAUAAUAACAUCCUAGAGGACAUGCAACGCGCGAAUCGCAUGCCAGCACGAUCACCGCGUCGUACACCUCGGCAACAUCACGAAGGCUCCUACCGUAUGCAAUUUCCGCCACAACGCGGCGUCUAUCCGAGAGCAACGCCACCACAUUUGCAAGCUUUUCCGCCACGCCCAUCGCCCCAGGACGAAAUGAUGGAUGUUCAGGGGGUGCCAAUUGUGUAGUUAAGAGCCGCAGGCAGCAGCAGCAAAUCAACAUUAGCGAUAACCAAUGCGAGAGCGCAUACAAGCAUGCGGCUGAAGAAUAAUAAUGAUGGUGGUAGCAGGGCAAAGGAGAAAGAGAAGGUGAAUGAAACGAAAAAAUAAACAUAAAUCGACAUAAAACGUUCACUACUAACAGAGAAAAAA